UUAACUCCUUCAUUCAUUGUCCAAAAAUGACUUUACGAAACUUUUCGAUUUAAACACUUUAAUGGCGUUAGUUUGAACUGUUGUUGGUCUUGCUUCUAUGCCAUGGCAAUGUAAGUACAGAUUGGUCAAAAUGGCGAAAGUAUUUGUAAACAUGGUGUGUGCUCUACAACGUGAUCUACAAAUUUCGUAGCAAACGAUUAGAAUAAGUUUAUUUUCACCCCACGCAACACGAACGAAAUGGAAACGGAAAUCCUUGAAAAGGAUGACAAUUACAAGUCAAAGAAACCGAAUCAUGUGAGAAAAUUAAAUUUUGGACAGCAGAUUCUAACCUUGGACGUGGUGAAACAAACCCAUGGACAAAAGGAUGGUGUGCUGUCGAUCGACCGAAAUGUCCUGACAAUACCAUGCACAGUAAAAAACGAAUUUGUACGUAAUUGGAUUGAAACUCACAGAAAUCGUGUUCCCGACUCGGAUGAAUCGCCUCAAACAUCUCCUAUUCUUGGAUCAUCCGUGACUAAACACGCAGAAAAAUCUCCGGUUUUUCAUACACAUCGGAAACGAGCUAGGCAAAAAUAUAGCUUAAACAAUAAGUUUGUAGACAACACCGAACGUAUGUGUUUAAAAAAUGCAGAAAAUCAAAUUAAUACAAAAAUAUUAAAUGUCUCCGCUGAGAAUAAUAAAUGCAUAGAGAAAAGUAGCAUGGACAGAAAAGAAAGCAUUAAGAGAAAUUUAUUUAAUGUUGAGAACAGUAGAAAUCGUAUUAAAGAAGUCAAUACAAGUACAUCUCCGAUAUUGGAUAGAAGCUGUUAUUCCUACAAAAGAAGAAAAAGAAAAUUUACGGAUGAAAACUCUCAGAGGAAAGCUCUAGAUCGAAUUGAUAAUAAAUGCACCAAAGUUAGUGCAGUUUCUUCUCCUAGUCUUACAAAAGUGCAUAAUAAUGUAGAAAUAUCACCUGUUCUGGAUAGGUACUCGUAUUCUUAUAAAAAGAAAAGGAGAAAACUUAGGGAGAUGAAUUUGCAGGAAACAGAUUUUGAUAAAGUAGGAAACAGUUACACGGACGCUAAUAUGAAUAAUGUGUUAUUGCGUUGUUUAGUUGAUCCACAGUGCUUGAAAAACAAGUACAAAAUUAUGUCUAGUCAAAAGAGACUUAUGUUGUUAAGAAAGUUGGAAAAUAGUUCUCAAAAUGAUAAUGCAGAAUCUAUGGCAAGUAAAAGUACUAAAAUUCCAGAAGAUUCUAUUGAAUCCGAUUCACCGGUUUCAGAGGUGAGAUUAAAUAUCGAAGACAGUCCAAAAGAUACCAAAGGUAUGGUAAAAAUGGAAAUAGAAUCUAGCAACGAAGAUAGCGAUAAUCCUGUAGGUUUAGUAAAUUCAGGCAGCAGCAAAAGUCUUAGCAAUUGUAUAGAAGAUGCAAAUACGCAAGAUACAAUUCCUAUCGUAGAAAUUUUUAAUCACAAUUUAAUGGAUAAUUUAUCUACUUGUGCGUCCAAGUUCGUACCCAAUCACUCGCAAACGUCUACCAAAGAUUCGGAUCGAACUUUUUUUUUGGAAGCAGACAAAUUUCGAAGUAAACUUCCCAGUAUAUAUCCUUCUCAGAAAAUUUCUCAAAUUUCGUCACAAAUUAACGAUCUGACGGAUAACAAUUCGUCCGAAACUGGAGUUAUGAUUACCACGGAAGAAUCGCCGCAAAGGCCGACCCUAGAUCCGUCGAUGUGUUUAAAUAUUUUGGAUUCUGGAAAGAAAAAGAGAAAGGCAAAACGAGGUAGUUUGUCCGAGAAACUGCAAUCUUUGAUUAACGGGCAAAUAUCGAGUGUACGUAUAUGGAAACACCAAGUUAAACAAGCAGCAAAAGACAGUUCUUCUCUAGCGUGUGUUACAGUUCAUGUACAAGCAUGCGUGACUCGCUUUAGCAGGCAAUUUUUGGAAGGAUUCGCGACCAAAGAUCCAUUUAAUUUAUUACCUCGUAAAGAAGAAAACAAAUUCCCUAGAUUAAUAAAGAUCAUGACGAUUCCUGAUAUCGUGGGAAUAAUAAUGUCAAUAGCUCAAGAUCGACCCGAACUUUACGAAGAAGUGAAGCUUUACAAGAAUGCCAGGGAGAGAGAAAAACAUGACAACCAAGCUGAUUUGUAUGCCGUUGUAAAUACUUUACAACAUUUAGAAAAAGCUUACAUCAGAGAUUGCGUGACUCCGAAAGAAUACACAGCUGCUUGCAGCAAACUACUGGUGCAAUACAAAGCAGCUUUCAAACAGGUGCAAAGCGAUCAGUUCCCUACCAUAGAUGCUUUUGCCAGGGUAUUUCGUUUGGAUUGUCCGGCUGCACUGGAAAGGAUCAAGGAGGAUAGACCGAUCACGAUAAAGGAUGAUAAAGGCAACACAUCCAAAUGUAUCGCAGAUAUCGUAGAAUUGUUCAUUACGAUAAUGGAUAAAUUACGACUGGGAAUCAAAGCUAUGGAUCAGCUGCAUCCAGAUCUAAGGGACUUGGUGGAUACUAUGAAUCGUCUCAGUAUACUGCCAAGCGAUUUUGAUGGAAAAGAAAAAGUUGCAGAGUGGCUGCAAACUCUUAAUAACAUGUCCGCGUCCGACGAGUUAUCCGAAACGCAAGUAAGACAACUGAUUUUUGACUUGGAAACUUCGUACAAUGCUUUCAAUAAUACAUUACACAAUUCCUAAGCUCGAUAGUUUAGUUGCGUUGAAACGCGCGACACAGAUUAUAUUCUAUCUCGUACCACCGGUCGUUCCUUUGAUAUCACUCGCGAGCAAUACAGCCCAAGGUUCCACAGUGCUAUAAACUUUGGUUUCUGCGUAAAACGUUAUUGUAUUAUAUGCGUUCGAAUAUAGUUAUAUACAUAGAUAUGUAUAAAUGAAAAGAUCUAUGCACAGAGGCGACUAUUUUAUACGCGAUUCUUUGUAAAACGUUUCUACGCGGUGAAUUGUUAAGUGUAAUAUCCAAUGUAUAUACAAUAUCGAUUAAAAGAAUAAAAUUAA